UCAUGCCGAGGGUGGGGGUCUUGUCUGCGAUGAUGGGAAGGGCUGUUCGAAGAGAAAACUAACGGGACAGGGUUGGGCGUACUAUACCUUUACUGCUCUUACAAAACAAACCGCAAUAUUCGCCUACAGUGCAGAACCAAGAAGAGACCAUGAGCACAGGCAAGCCCAGCGGACUCAAACCCCCAAGCAAGAUAGGCCGUCCUGCGGGGGCGCCCACCAAGACCUCCCCCUCCUCUGCCGCUCCUAAGCCUCUCCCCCCCGAGAAGUCCCCUAACAUCGUGACGUCCCCCACGCAAGAUGGAGCAGGAGACUUCCAGCUGGGGGAGAGGGUCUGGGUCAACGGCAACAAGCCCGGCGUGGUGCAGUUUGUCGGGGCUACACAGUUUGCCCCUGGCCAGUGGGCGGGCAUCGUCCUGGAUGAGGCCAUAGGGAAGAACGACGGCUCGGUGGCGGGGGUGAGGUACUUCCAGUGUGAGGACGGGAGGGGGAUCUUCACACGACCCUCCAAGUUAUCCAGGACCGCCCUUCCGGAGAAAGAGGCUAACGGAGGACAAGGCAGCCCGGCUCCGGGUGCUUCCGCCCUGGCCAACGCCGCUCCUGCGGCAGGGGCGGUCACCACUGCCCAAAGUACGACCAACGCCGCCAGCUCCAGCACAGGCGCCAAGACCCCUCUGAACCGGACGCUGACCACCAGUGAGUCCGUGUCCAACCUGUCCGAGACGGACUCUGCCAAGAAGGCCAGGAGAGAACUCCGUCUGGGAGACCGUGUGCUGGUGGGGGGCACCAAGGCAGGGGUGGUGAAGUUUCUGGGGGAGACGGAUUUUGCCAAGGGGGAGUGGUGUGGGGUGGAGCUGGAUGAGCCCCUUGGCAAGAACGACGGCGCCGUGGCAGGAACCAGGUACUUCCAGUGCCUGCCCAGGUACGGCCUGUUCGCCCCCGUCCACAAGGUGACACGGAUCGGUUUCCCCUGCACCACGCCGACCAAGACCAAGUCCUCCCACAGGAGGUCCACCAUGAAGACCAGCCCCAGCGCCUCCUCCAUCAGCUCCCUCAGCUCCGUCACCUCCUCCGUCAGCGGGAAGCCCAGCCGCGCCGGCCUGCUGACGGAGACCUCCGCCCGCUACGCCCGUAAGAUCUCGGGCACCACGGCGCUGCAGGAGGCGCUGAAGGAGAAGCAGCAGCACAUCGAGCAGCUGCUGGCCGAGAGGGACCUGGAGCGCUGCGAGGUCGCCAAGGCGACCAGCCACGCCGGGGAGGUGCAGCAGGAGCUGGGGCUGCUGAGGAAGGGGCAGGAGCAGUAUGCCUUGGAGAUGGAGGCCAAGCUGGACCAGCUGCGCGUCCUGGUGGAGACGGCCGACAGGGACAAGGUGGAGCUGCUGAACCAGCUGGAGGAGGAGAAGAGGAAGGUGGAGGAUCUGCAGUUCAGCGUGGAGGAGGCCUGCAUCACCAAGGGAGACCUGGAGACGCAGACCAAACUGGAGCAUGCCCUCAUUAAGGAGCUCGAGCAGAACCUGCUCUUUGAAAAAACCAAAGCUGAGAAACUCCAGAGGGACUUAGAGGACACUAGGGUGGCCACGGUGUCCGAGCGCUCCCGCAUCAUGGAGCUGGAGAGGGAGCUGGACGAGCUGCAGAUCAGACUGAGGUCCUCCCAGCAGACAGAGGGCGCUGUGUCCCUGUCCCAAGAGCAGCUCAGCCACCUCAAGGCCCAGGCCCAGGCACAGGAGAAAAAGAUCAGUGAGCUGAGUGUGGAUCUGGAAAACAAGCACAAGGAGCUGCUGUCUGCCCAGCAGGACAAGAGCUCCCUGGAGCUGCAGCUAACCUGCCUGGGAGAACGACUUGAAACGGCAGAGGAGGAGAACAGGAGGAAAGCACAAAGGCUACAAGAGCUGGAGAGGAGUGUGGAGCAGGUGGGCAGAGACCUCCAGACCCAGAGAGAGGAAACCAAGCGUAGGGAGGAAGACCUCCAAGAGAGAUUUGCACAGGUCACUAAAGCUUCAGGUGACUCCGCCCUGUCACGAGAGCAGCUGACCAAUGAGAAGACGGCGCUGGAGGCUCAGCUGGAGGUUCUGAAGCAGCAACACUCCAGAUCCCAGGAAGAGCUCCACCUGUCCCAGCAGCGCAGCGCCUCGGAGAACCAGCGCAUCGGAACCCUCUGCAAGGAAAUUGAGGAUCUGAAGCUGGCCUCUCAGAAGUCUCAGCGUCUAGAGGAGCACAACGUGGAGCACAACCACCAGCAGCCCGACAUGAGAGACAGGGAAACAUUGUCACAUCAAGACCAGGAGAAGGAGAUGGAGCUGGAGACACUGAGGAACGAGAUCGCCGUGCUGCGGGGUGAAAACGCCACGGCGAAGACCCUGCAGGUUGCCGUGGAGACCCUGGAGAGAGACAAGACCCGGCUCCAGACACGCGUCCACAGCCUGGAGCAGAGGCUCCUGGGAAGGCAGGCGUCCGAGGGAGGGGACAGUGGAGUCCCGUCUUCAGGUGACCCUGCUCUGGACCAGCUGAGAGAAGAGAAGGAGUUUGCUGAGGGACAGAUCAACUUCCUGAACAGCGUCAUUGUGGACCUGCAGAGGAAGAACGAGGAGCUCAAGGUCAAGCUGAAGAAGAUGGUACUGGCCGAGUUCAACGGCAACGAUGGCACCGACGGGCUGGAGGAGGGGCUGUCCAAGCGGGAGAAGAAGCCCCCGCCCCGCCUCUUCUGCGACAUCUGCGACUGCUUCGACCUCCACGACACGGAGGACUGCCCCACCCAGGCCCAGAGCCCCGACUCGGUCCCCCACUCCUCCCACCACGGCAACCCCUCCGACCAGCGGCCCUACUGUGACAUCUGCGAGGCCUUCGGACACGCCACCGAGUCCUGCAACGACGACCAGACCUUUUAGAACCCUCUACACCUUCUAGAACCCUCUACGCCUUCUAGAACAUUCUAGAACCCUCUACAUCUUCUAAAACAUUCUAGAACCCUCUGCGCCUUCUAAAACCCUCUGCACCUUCUAGAACCCUCGACACCUUCUAGAACUUUCUACACCCACGGUCUGCAACCAACCCCACUUCUGUAAUCCCCUCCCUCUCUCCCUUUUGGCACUCAUACCCUUCCUUUAGCCACCUCCUGUAUACUGCGUACUUCCCUUAGCGUCUUUCUGCACUACCUCAUGC